AAUGCAGAUGUCCCUUUUAAGAAAGUUUCUACUUGUUGGUGGUAUCAUAUUGCACUGGCAAAAUAUUUUGGCUCAGAGCGUUGGCGGUUGUAAUAAUGAUUCAGAUUGUAUAGAAAAUGCAAAUUGCGAUGUUGAUUCAAACCAAUGUUUUUGUGACAUGAACUCUGCCCCAUUCCAAAAUGUUCCAUCACAAACUAUUGUGUGCCAAGUGGGUGCCUGUUCCCUGGUAGAGAGAGAAGACGAAUGUGGACCACGUGGAAAAUGUAAAAUUCCUGAGGAUAUUUUUGACUACCCUGUCUGCUUCUGUCACGGGGGGUUUUUUGGACCAAGAUGCAUGGAUCUAUGUGAAAGGAACAGUGACUGCAAUGGGGGAACAUGUGUUGAAAAGGGGGGACAGAAAGUGUGUGACUGCCCACCAGGUACUACGGGUAGCCAAUGUCAAGUUACAACAACAACGACAGUGACUACAUCCAUGACGACCACAAGGAGAAGCCGACUAGGGGGCGUGGUUUUAGCUAUUGGGGGAGGUAUCGGACUACUAGCCCUCCUGGGAGCUGCAGCUGCCACCUCAGCUGUAUCCGGAUAGCAAAAACCAUCAUCGAGGAACGUGUUUUAUCUACAUGUUAUAUUUCGAAAUGAUAAAUUAAAAUGAACAUUCUGAGAGUAUUGCAUUUCAUACACAUGUCCCCUACCGGAUUCCCCUUUUUCGUAAGGGUGUCAUUUAAUGUCAUUGAAUACUGUAAACCAACUUUUAUUCGCGGGUGAAAAAUUUUCGCGAAUUUCGCGAGAGCGUCCUCGUCGCGAACUGGUCCUGUAAGUCUCUAUGCCUAUUGACUGCAAAUCCAAAAAGGUUUGAUCGCGAAAAUUAAUCGUCGUGAAUUAGUUUUCCCCCGAUAAAUCACGAAAUAAAGUCGUCGUGAAUAAAAGUUGGUUUACAGUAAUAUCCUGCAUAUGAAAUGUGUCCAUAAACUUUGGACAAUUCGGUAAUUACUUUUUUCUGAAUGAAAUGUCUCUGAAUUAAGUGUAUUCAUCAUAAUGAAAGAUUUGUUAACAUAAAUUAAAUGUUUCUCCAAUCCGUAUACUCUCAAAUGCAAUAGCAAAAAACAAA